AUGGCAAGUACCACAGUUGCCUCCAAUGCAUUUGUCCUGGAAGUUCUUAACCAGCAUAACUAUAAAGAUUGGAGUUCUCGGGUUGAGACUUACUUACUGUCUAAAGAUCUUUGGGAUGUCGUCAAAGAGGAACCUCCUGAAGCAGAAAACGGCUCAGCUGAAUAUAAGGCUUGGAGGAUAAAGAAUGCCAGGGCCUUGCAUGCAAUUAAAAUCAGUUGCGGGACUGAGAUGUUUUCUUUUAUCCGGGAUAAAAAAAAGACCAAGCAUGCAUGGGAAGCUUUGGAGAGAAUGUUCAAAUCACGUGACAUGAAAAACAAAGACACCAGUGCUCUUCACGUAGCCGCCAUGAACGGAGAAGUGGAUAAAGUGAAAGAGUUGUUACCGACAAUGAGAGAAGAAGAUUUGGAAAUGAAAGACGGGAAUAAGCGUACAGCCUUAGAUGUUGCUAUAGUUGCAGCGUGUGCAAAAGUACACUGGAUUCAAAUAGCAAAAGCCAUGGUUAAAAAGAACGGGGAAAUACUCAAGAUCAGUAGUCGGCCCGGCAAUUACAUUCCAGUUGUGAGAGCUUGUAGUCGAAACAAAUGGGAAAUGGCUCGUUUUCUCUUUUCUCUCACUCCAGAUGAGGCUCUACUCAGUGACAAUGGAAGACCAGGCGCUCAACUUAUUAAUGCGUGUAUUUGGCGCCCCAAAGGACUUGAUAUUGCAUUGAAAGUGCUACAACGAAAUCCAUGGUUGGCCAUGGCUGACAACGGAUUUGGACAGCAGCCUAUGCUUGUGUUGGCUGGUAUCCAUAGUGCAUAUCGUAGCGGCACGCGACUGACAUUGUGGCAACAAUUAAUCUACAAGGUUAUAUGUAUACGACCUAUUGAGUUUAGUAUUCCAGAGAGCCAUAUCACUGUUUCAGAAUCAGAGGACGAACCAUCUCCAGACAAAAGAUCAAGAGCUGAUCAAGGUCAUCAGAGGACUCUAUUUUGCUUUGCUAUUGCACAAGGGCAUGUUGAAUUUGUUAAGCAAAUGUUUGAAGCAAACCGGGCAGUCGUGGACAUCUUUGAUGACAAAAAGAAGAGUAUAUUUCAAUAUGCCAUUGAAUGUCGGCAAGAAAAGGUUUAUAAUCUUAUAUAUGAGCUCAAGCCAGAAAAAAGGGACGACAUUACUCAUAAUGUCGCAAAGUUUCUGACUAAUAUGCUACAUAGUGCUGCACACAUAUCAUCUGCUAAACAUCCGAAGCAUGUUCAGGAUGCAAGUUUGCAAAUGCAACGAGAACUACAGUGGUUCAAGGAGGUGGAGAGUAUGUUACCUAGUGAAAUGCAUGAAUACGUCAAUACUUCAAACUUGACAGCACGAGAACUAUUCAUCAGGAAUCACAAGAAAUUGAAGGAUGAAGCAGAAAUAUCCACCAAAGGGGUUGCAGCUUCUUGUACAACCGUUGGUGCUCUUAUUGUUACUAUGAUGUUCGCCGCAGCAUUCACAGUUCCCGGUGGGACUAAUGGCGACACCGGUCUUCCAUUGUUUCUGCAUAACAAGUUGUUUAGGAUUUAUAUACUCUCAGAUACAAUAUCACUCAUUUCCUCUGCGGCUUCAGUGAUUACGUUCUUGGGACUUCUCACAUCAACUUAUGCAGAAGACGAUUUCCUUUGGUCCUUACCCACAAAAAUGACGAUCGGUCUUUCAACUCUUUUCAUCUCUAUUGCGACUAUGAUGAUCACAUUUGCUUGUGCCCUUACCAUUAUGUUUGAUGGAGAAGCAACGAUGAUAAUCACAGGCAUUGUGCUUGCAACUGUUCCGGUCGUGUCAUUUGCAUUUUUCUUAUUCCCCCUCCUUUAUGAGAUUUGCAGAUGGACUUAUGGACCUUCGAUGUUUGGCAAGAAAGCUGACAUUUAA